GUCGGCUUGUAGUUCUUUCGUCUGCGGUGGAAUCCGCUCCGCAAAGAGAAAUUGCUAAAUGUGAAAUCACUGAUCAGGAUUGCGUGAAUUAAUGGCAACAUGUCAAAGAAGCGUGGCAGGAAGCGUAGCAGCGGGGAGCUGAGUGGGAACUCCACGGUGACCCUCACCCCAGACCCUGACAACCUGCUGGGCCGGAGGAUCCAACACACAUGGAGAGAGAAGGGUAAUCUGACCAAGUGGAAAGGCACUGUUUUGGAGCGCCUUAGCGUCAACAACUCCCUCUACAUGGUCAAAUAUGAUGGCUUUGACUGUGUCUACGGUAUUGAGUUGUUCAAGGACGAGAGGGUGUCCAACCUGCAGGUGUUGUCAGAAAAAGUCGUAAACAAUAAAAUAAAGGUGCCCCCUGGAGCAGAGGAACUCGUGGGGAGAGCUGUGGAGCAUCUCUUUGAAAAGGAAGAUGGGGAGAAAAAUGAGUGGAGGGGUAUGGUGCUGUCCCGUGCCCCUGUCAUGACCCAUUGGUAUUACAUCACCUACGAAAAGGACCCCGUGCUUUACAUGUAUCAACUGUGGGACGAUUACAAGGAUGGAGAUCUACGAGUGCUUCCUGAGUCAGAGAACAAACACCUCUUGCCUGCAGACAGGAAGCCAGGUGAAGAGACGGAGAGUCUUGUGGGUAAACAGGUGGAGUAUAUCACAGACAGUGGUCUGAAGAGAACAGGCUUGGUUAUCUAUCAAGUUCCAGCCAAACCCACCGUAUACUACAUCAAAUACGAUGAUGACUUCCACAUCCACGUCUAUGAUCUGGUGAAGACCACCUAGUGCUUACUAUCUACUACCUUGUACUAUUUACUUCCACCUUCUGUUACUGGUUCAUCUUUAUCUUAACCAAUUGUUUCCUGUUUGAGCACCACAGAUUUUAUCUUAUUAUUAUUAUUAUUAUUAUUUUGUUCUCCAUCGACUGGAGAUAUGUGUUUGAGAUCAAAAUCCCCCGCCCUGCAAAAAAUGUUCAUCUUAACAACUUUUUUUUUCAGUUUUUAGUCGUACAGCCGUACAUUUCUUAAAACAGUACAGUCAAACUGCCAGGAUUUUCCCGACUCGCUUAACAUUGAAUUCCGGUUUUGGUGCAAUGAACUGGUGUAUUAUCUUUCGGUUUCACAUAUUCACACUCACUCUUGAAAAUUCCCUUAACAAGUAAACCUGCACUGGGGACAAAUGAAAUUCUAUCAGUUCAUUGACAAAAUUGUUUAUUUUGAUGGAAAAUUAUUUCAAAAUUGAGUAUGAGACAAAAUAAGCCGCUAAAAUGUACAUUUUUUGUGUAGUGUCAGAGCAGUGCUGUCUGCUGUUUUUGGGGGAUGUUUUAUCAUUGUCAGUUCUCCAGACCUAAUUUUAUGCUUCUUGAUUUUAUGUUCUAGGGCUGGGUGAUAUGGACAAAAUCAAAUAUCACGAUAUUUUUAACCAAAUAUCUCGAUAGACAUUUUGAUGAUGUUGUAGAAAUGACUUGACGCACUUACGAAAUAUUUACACAAUGACAUUUUCGCUAAACGCUCAUUAGUAAUGUGGACAUGAUGUCCAAACAGAGACAAAUUAAGAGUUAGAACAGCCUAAUAAGUUCAGACAAUUGCAUCUAUUGUAAUGCAGCCUUUAAAACCAGGAAAAGGCAACACUUGUGUCAUAUCACGAUAUACAUAAAACCAGAUGAUAUCUCGUCUUAUAUCACGAUAUCGAUAUAUUGCCCAGCCUUAAACUGAGCAACUCUAUUUGGUCCUGUUUGGUACACAGAGAGCCAAGAAACAGGAGUCAAAUUCCAUGUAUGUGCAAGCCUACGUGGCCAAUAAACAUGAUUCUGAUCUGUAAAUAAACAAGAUAAGGACAAGCCUGUUGAAAUAAUUGAACAGGGGAACUAGAACUGGUUUCAUCUCACUUGUAUAGUAGUUUGAGUCCAAAAUGUAUCCUUUUGAUAAAUAACUCAUCUUGCAAAGAACAUGUCUUACCUAUACCUCUCUUGCUUAUCAUUUGGUUCACUUUUAUAUGCCUAGGCUAUUUAUUUCAUCAGGACUCUUUGGUUGUGCUGGUGUCAAUGCAAAAGAUAAGAGGAAAUUGUGUCUGUUGUGUUUUAUGAUACAUGUUAUGAAUUUAAUUGCUGCUUCAUUUGGAUAGGGAGUUCAUUUGAUCAGGGCUUAAUU